AGAAUUUCAAUAUCCGAACCAAGUUCACAAAAAUUUAAUUUAAAAAUAGAAGAAGAGGGCAGCCAAGUUCCCACUGCUUCUCUCUCAGUUGAUCAAGUAUGUGGAUGUUGUUGGGUUGUUCACCAUCUUGCCCAUGGCGCCUCUGCAACUCCCCAAAGCCCAAUUUUCAUUCAAUGGAAUCAAGCACGCUUCCUCUGCUUCUCCAAUUUCUCUCAGCAAGAAAACCCGAGCUUCGCAGAAGACCCUUCCUCUCAUGGAGAAGAAGAAAACCCAUCGCCCGAUCAACAAAGCUUCUCGCUCCAUAUCCCAACUCAUCAACGAAAACCCCUGGUCGUCUCAGCUUGAACUCUCUCUCAUGCCAUUUGCUUCCAUUCUCUCUCUAGACACUAUAACCCGCGUUCUAUACACCAUUAAAACCCCAUCAAAAGCUCUGCUUUUCUUCAAAUGGGUGCACAGUCGAGGCUGCGAGCUCGAUGCGAACACCUAUUUCAGGAUGUUGGAGAUUUUGGGUCGAACGGGAAACUUGAAUUCAGCAAAGAACUUGAUUUUGAGCAUGCCCAAGAAUGGGCUUUAUUAUGAAGAUCGAUUCUUUAACAGUUUGAUGAGAGGCUAUGGAAGAGCAGGGAUGAUUCAAGAGGCCAUUAAAGUUAUCAGAAUGAUGAAAGAAUUCAGGGUAGCCCCAUCUGUUUUGACAUACAAUAAUCUCUUCGGAAUUCUACUGCGUCGAGGCCGAACAAAUAUGGUGAAGAAAUUGUAUGAAGAUAUGGGGAGAGAAGGAAUAUCUCCAGAUGUCUAUACUUUCAAUAUUCUGAUAAGAGGUUUUUGUAUGAACUCAAUGGUGGACGAAAGUUUUUGGCUUUUCAACGACAUGGUUUGCCAUGGCUGUGUACCUGAUAUGGUCACAUAUAAUACUCUCUUGGAUGGGCUUUGCAGAGCUGGGAAAGUCGACAACGCCCGUAAAUUGUUUGAUGGGUUGUUAAGGAAAGGAGAUGCUCUGGUUCCAAACGUUGUCACCUAUACUACUUUGAUAAGAGGUUAUUGUGAGAAGAGAUUGAUUGGAGAGGCAAUGAAAGUUUACGAGGAAAUGGUGAAUGGAGGCGUAAAACCCAACAAUGUAACCUAUAAUACUUUGAUUCAAGGCCUAUCCGAAGCUCAAAAACUCGAUAAAAUCAAUGAGAUUUUGAAAGAGAUAAUGCACAGUGCUGAAUUCAGGCCAGAUACCUGCACUUUCAACACUCUGAUGAAUGCCCAUUGCAAUGCUGACAGAUUGGAAGAUGCGCUUGCGAUAUUCAGUAAGUUUUCGGAGAUUAAAGUCGAGGCUGACUCCGCGACCUACAGUGUUCUUAUUAGGAACCUGUGUCUUAGAGAUAGGUUUGAAGAGGCAGCGGAGCUCUUAGAUGACCUUGUGGACGGUGGUGUUUUGUUAAAACCUGGGGGGUGUAUUCCUCUUGUUGCCGGUUAUAAACAUAUAUUGGAAUAUCUGUGCAAGAAUAGGAAAACAGAAAAAGCUGAGAUUGCAUUCAGGCAGUUACACAAGAGAGGGACUCAAGACCCCUUUUCCUUUCAAAUCCUGAUUCUUGGACACUGUAGAGAGGGAAACCCGAAAAAUGGGUUUAAUCUUCUGGUCUUGAUGUUAAGGAGAGACUUUGUACCUGAUGUGGAGACAUAUCUUGCCCUGCUUAAGGGAUUUAUAGAGAUGAGGGAUCCAAUUUUCGCUCUCAAGACUCUUGAAAGGAUGUUGAGAAGUCGCCAUGUUCCUCAAACAUCUAUAUUCUUUUCGAUAAUCGACAUGCUUAUGAGAGAUGAUAAGGUGCGAGAAGCUGCAGACACCAUUAAGAUGAUGCUAGAGAGGGGGAUUAGACAGAAUAUUAAUGUAUCCACAAAUCUUGUCGAAGCUCUCUUUGAUGGUGGUUUGUCAGAUGAUGCAUUUGAAAUUCUUCAAUUAUUGUAUGAGAAUGAUUAUCUGGUGAAGAUGGAGAGAUUGCUGAGUUUUCUUUGUGAAGAGAAGAGAUUUUUGGAGGCAAAGCAAUUGUCAUUGUUCAGUCUGGAGAAGCAUGGGGACUUAGAUAUUGGGCCUUACAGCAGGGUCAUAAGAGGCCUUUGCAAAACCAAGAGAACAAAAGAUGCAUUUUCUCUCUACUAUGAAAUGGUGGAGAGAGGUAGGCAACCUGAUGAGGGUUGUUUGAGGGAGUUGAUGGCUGCCCUUAAUUCUGAGGGAAGAUUGAAAGAGGCAGAGUUUGUUGCUAAGUUGACAUCUAGGAGUAGAAAGGAUGAGCAGUAAUUUUUGCAUGUAUCAUACAAGAGUAGGGCUGGCAAUGGGCCAGACGACCCAGCCCGGCCCUAAAGAAGUAGGGCUUGGGCUACAAAUCGUGGUCCGAGGGCCAGUACCAGGCCUGUUCAGCCCACCCCACCCUCUUUUUUUCUUGUUUUUUCUCUUAUUCUUUCUUCAUUUUUUUUUGGCCCGGCCCAAUGGACAAGGGCCGUGGCCAGGGGAUCCCUUGCCCGUUGCCACCCUUAAUACAAAGUUUAUUUAAGAGCCCUAAAUGGAGUAUAUAAGAGUCCUAAAUGGAGAUCCAAAGGCUGUAGUUGCAUGCCCACUUUGUUCCCACUCUCUCUCAUUGUACUUGUUGUCUGUUGCCUUCUGGAAAAAGUUUAUGCAAGCCUUAUGAAAGGCUUCAAAGACCUGCUUGAAAAGGUUGUUCUGGCAUUCCAAAACCAUCAAAUUGAUCAUCUUAACCUCAAGAAUAAUAAAUAUGAGAAAAAAAAACCAAAAACAGAACAA